AUGGCCUUAAACAAGGCUACAGAAAUAAAAGGCAAUGAGAUCGAUAAAAGCAAACGUCGUCAUAAAACUGACGACACUCUUAUUGCGACAGCAGCAAUAAGUGGUGGUGAAGAUACAUUGCAAUAUGCAAAGAUGGAGAACGAAGAUAUAACAGGAAAGCCUACAGAAUUGUGUUUACAAAGCACUUCACAUUUGAUAUCGAGUACUACCAGUAGUUUAGCUGAUACGCCUGGAGAUUCUGGUGUUUUGUGUUUAGACAGUGAAGCUUCAGAAGCCACAAGCCAAGCGCUUAUGUCCCAUAGUCUAAUUGGAGCAGAAGAAUUAACUUGUGAUAGUCAAUAUGAUGCCCCUCCUUCAGGAUCUCAGGACAUGAUCAAAAGUACAACCAGUAGUGUUAUGACACGAAGUGAUAUUGACAAUCAAAACAUUGGAAUUCCCGAUGAGAUGGUUCCUGAACUUUUAGUCGAAACACACAAAAAACAAUAUGAAAAUUUGCCAGAUGUAGUUUUGAAAGCUUUAGAGAGUGAGAAAGUUUGCACAGAAGAGGUCAAAAAACCUGCACUAAGAACUAGUGAACCUAAAAAAUCUUUAUCUGAAGAUAUUGUUUACAGACGAAGAUGCAGAAAGAAAUCACAGAGUGGACAGAGUUCCCAGAAGAAAAGAGUGUCUUUUCAUGAAGAUAUUCUUAAUAAUACCAAAACGGAUAAUAUCCACAUUGAACGUGGAUUCAUAUCAUAUGGACCUGAUAGUUCAUACUGUGAUAGAUUUAGACAAAAGAAUAAUAUUAUGACUGAUAGGUUUUCAUGGUGUGCAUCAGGUGAUCAGGCACCAAAAUAUGCUGCUGACGUUGCUCAGCAAACUAUGUCAGAUAUCUUGACAUAUGGGGACCCAAAAAGUGAUAGAAGUGGCAUAUUUGAAUACUGCCAUGACUUUAAGCAGGGCAACCAGGGCCACACAGAUAAAGAAAAUAAUAAUGAAUCAAGGCCAACUGGUAAGCUCUAUGGAUGUGACUCAAAUAGCUCAGAUUCAAACUUUAGUUGUGAUUCAGAAAGUUCAUCUAGUGACUCAUCAUCAUCUCACACAAAUUCUAAUAAAACAGAGACAACACUUUUACCAAAGAAGUGUGAUAAAACCCAAAAAUCAUACUCCUGUGAUGGCUUUGAAAAUAACACACAUGUGACAUUCAUGAGGAAAACCUACUUCUCUGAGGCUGACAUAGAUCAAACUCAUGAUCGCAUGAAAAAACCUCUUGAAGUCACAGAAAGCCCCAAUCAUGUGAAAUCAGUAUUGAAAAAGAAAAGAUAUAUUCCAACUAAUAUUGUUGAAGAACGAAAACAGAACAGAAAAGGCUUACAUUUAUUGGAUGCAAAUAAUAUUAUUGAUUCUUUGAAAAACUUUUAUAAGAAUUUUAAUUUCAAUUUUACUCCUGAAAAAGGUUUACCUGAGAAUAGCUUAGAACUGAACAAUGUAGUAGAAGCUUUACCCUGUGAUAUAAACCAGAAUAAAAAUCUGUCUAAAAGUCUAGAUUCUGGCAUUCAAGCUGAGGAUGAUGAUGAUUUUGUUGAAAUAAAUCUAAAUAAUCAAUUACAAGAAAAACCUAAAGAUAUUUCUGUAUCUAAAACUAAUGUUGCUGGGGAACGGACUCCAAAUGAGGGAUCACCUCGACAUAAAUUGACUUUAAACAUGAAGACACAACAAGACAAAAAGUCUCUGAAUAAAGCUGAUGCAUUCCCAGCUGUGAAUAAAUAUGUUGUGAAUUGUGAAAGUACAGUAUAUGAACACAAAGGAGUUUCUUAUAGCUAUGUGCAUGAUACAUUCCAGACUGCUUUUGAUGCCCCUAAAGAGACUUUUGUACCUAUACCUGAAUCGACACCAGUCAAUGAACUAGUGAUGAGUGCUAGCAAAACUGACCUGAGUUCAAAAUUAUCAGACAUAGACACAUCAAGUAGAACAUCCACUCCAAAAAGACAGUUUAACAAAAAUAUCCAAGAAGAGACUGAACAAAAGAAUGGUAUUCCCAAACAUUUAUCAUCCCCCAAGAAACAAAAUGUCAACAGGUACAGUAGAAAAUCUGCUUCAACUGUGCAAAAAGUUGCCAUUGAACCAACUUUAGCAAACAGUGACAACUGCUCAAAUACAGAUAACUCCACUCUAAAAGGUGCUGAUGAUUUCAAUGACGAAUACUUAGAUAGCCCAGCAAAUCAAAAGCUGCAAUCAAAUAAAUCUGCUUUACUAAAUAGGUACUUGAAAAAUGUAUGCCAAAAGAAAGACUUAGAAAUGAAAAUAAGAAAUAAUAAAUUUUACCGAUUGAAGCUGAGGCUAGAAAAGCAUUUCCCAAGUAUCAUAUUUCCAUUCAAAGAUGUGUCCGAUACAUUUCACAUUUCUGCAGAGAGAAUGUCACGUUUGAUAGACAAAGAGGUGAUAGAAAACAAAAGGCUUUCAGUAAGGCUACUGACGGCUGAAGAGCCUUCAUACUUUGACAGCUUUGAAGAUAAUGUUGCUAUUGAAUGCAACGAGAAACUAAGAUUACAGAUAUUUUCCUAUCCCAAUGAAACUUUGAACAGGAUGAUGAAAGUUCAAUCACCUUAUGAUAUGGAAGAUGGAUCAUGGUCACCUCUACUAGUUUUCAUCACAGAUUAUGCUUUAUAUGUAGCAAAUUUAACUCAAGGGGGAACUGAAUAUGAAAUAUUAUGCCGCUUGCCCCACAAUGAACUUGACGCGAUUGCAGUGGGCCCUGAUAACCAGUACAUUCAAGUGAUAGACGUGUUUGGAAACAUUGCUUGUUCCGUGGUGACGGGGGAGUCUUCACUUGGGGCAAGACUCGCGUCCUCGUUGGAGUGGAGUGCUCGCAACUCCCCACUGCGGAUAUCGCGGCCACCAGCGAUGUUGCCCUUAGACUGCUACCAACUGGCUGCAGUGGUGACCAGGCAGAGGAUGGAACGGCAUGUACCCGAAGUGCUUUACUACGGGCGUGCUUGCUCCGGAGAUGCGGGAGACAGGUUGAUUGAAGCGCCCGGCGCCUUCGCCCCGCCCCUCGAGGGCUACCUCAUGUGCAGAACUGACAAGGGCAAACGUUUCGAGCCUUGCUACUUUUUAUUGAGAGCGGGCGUGUUACACUGGGGUGCGCAUUCCCCCGACGGAACGACGCCACUUCCGCACAAUAUUGCUCUCCGCUCUGUGGUCGGCGUGCGGCGACACAUCGACGCCACACGGCGGCCGCAUUGCUUCGAGAUCGCCUUAGCGGAUGGCAGCAGGCUACACCUGGCCGCGCCAGACGACUCCACCGCGUCCUCAUGGCUGCAGUCUCUCCUACUGCACGCCGCACAGGCAUUAGAAGAGAAAGAUGGCGUAAAGAAAUCGGACACUCGACCGGGACCGCCGCCAGCUUGUACAGUAGUAGUGACCCCUACUGAAGUAAUAAGCGUGAGGGACUCACUCGACCUCAGCUUCGUCACCGGCGCCGCUGCUUACCUCAAGGACAGGGGCUCCGAGGCGUUGCUGAAAGAAUACAUAGAAGAAAUGAGAGCAGACGUGGAGAUAUUGGCAUGUGGAUCCAUCAAAAAUUUGACGGCCUUCAAAAUACCGGACACUGACGAAAAUUGGUGCUGUCUGGAGUGGAGCGUUUGCGAGGCGCGGGAACGCGGCGCGGGGUUGGCGCUAGUGAUGGCGAGCGGCGCGGAACUGGAGCGGUUCAUCGCAGCCGUGGAGGCAGCGUUCUGCGCGCUCACGUGUGAGCCAUUUCCAUUGAGCGUUGUAGAAGCGAGCAAGUCCGCUUGCAGCACAGCUCACACCAAGUACGAAAUGGCCUGGAAACAUAUGCUACCUGCGCAUCAAAUUGUAGUGAAAAAAGUUGAUACUACAUAA